UUUACAGUGUAUACGUACCUUAACAUUGUGUCGUUAAUGAAAAUGCAGCUUAUUACAUUUAUGUUUUGACGUAGCAAACUGACACUAUCUGACUAUUGAUAAGUUAUCAAAUUUCUACCUAAAUACCAAUCAUGUGGCACAACGUGGUUUUAACUUUGCUGAAUAACAGCUGAACAUAAAUCAAAUAAAAAUAAUUCUAUUUAUUUGUAUAGUCAUAUUUAUAUUUUAUCAAUGUAUAAGCUGUAUCAUUAACAAAGUUAAUUAGUAUAAAAUUAUUGUACGUAAAUAGUGAUAUGAAAAAAAUUGAUAAUGAUGAGAAAAAAAAUAACAGAAAAAGUGAUAUUUUUAAUGUUCAUUGUGUUUAUUGUAAUUGUUGAUGGACAAAAUGAUUUGACUACUGACAAAUUAUCAAAAAAAUCUAAAGAUGAAGUUGAUGAAGAUAAAUCAAGUAAUUUUAAAUCCGAUGAUGAUGAACAAAUUUUUAAAAUUGAUCAAGAUGAGCUGAAGAAAAUAAGUCAAUCAUCAUUAAAAUUUGUACCAGCAUUAAAACAAUUUCUCAAUGAGCAAUCAUUUAAAGAAAAAAUUAAAAAACAUUUAACACAAGAUGAUAAAAGUUCAAGCACAGAUGAUGAUGAUGAUGAUAAAGAUUCAUCAACAGACGAGGCAUUACAACAAUUUAGUGAAUUAGCUGGUAAAGCUGCAUGGCUUAAAAUGGCAUCAGUUAUUAACAAUGCUGAUUUUGAAAAUAUGAUUGGUUCAUCAUCAUCAUCACCAUUAUCAUCUCUACUUGAUUUAGAAAAACAGACAGAAGGUGAAACAGAUGUAUCUGUUGAAGAAGAACAAGAAGAAACUAAUGAUGAUGAUGAUCAAAAAGUACAAGAACCUUUAACACCAGAACAGCUGGAAGCUGAAGAAUUAUUCAUAAAAGCACAAAAAAUUUUAAAUGCAACAAGAAGUAAUAAAGCAGAAGCAUAUAAACUAUUAACAUCAGCAGCAGUAUUUGGACAUAAAGAAGCAAGAUCAAUGCUUGCAUGGGCACAAUUACUUGGUACACAAACUGGUUUACAAACAUCUGAUACACAAGAUAUUACAGGAGCAUUACAAGUAUUUAAAGAACUUGCAAGUACUGGUUUACCAUCAGCACAUAUGGCUAUUGGUUUUUAUAAUGCAUUAGGUCUUGGUGGUGUUAAUGCAUCACAAAGUAAAGCAUUUUUACAUUAUACAAUUGCUGCACUUGGUGGUAAUACAAUGGCACAAAUGGCUGUUGGUUAUCGUUAUUGGGCUGGUGUAUCAACAACAUCAAUAUGUGAAAAAGCACUUGAUUUUUAUCGUAAAGUUGGAAAUAAAGUUGCUGAACAAGUAUCAUUAUCUGGUGGACCAGUUGUACAACGUAUUAGAUUAUUAGAUGAACAAGAAAAUCCAGAAUAUAAUUCUGGUAUUUUAGAUGAUGAUUUAAUUGAAUAUUAUCAAUUAUUAGCUGAACGUGGUGAUGUACAAGCACAAGUUGGACUUGGACAAUUACAUUAUCAAGGUGGACGUGGUGUAGCACUUGAUCAUCAACGAGCACUUGAAUAUUUUCAAAAUGCUGCUGAUGCUGGAAAUCAUAUAGCAAUGGCAUUUCUUGGAAAAAUAUAUUUAGAGGGUAGUGACAUUGUUCAACAAGACAAUGAAACAGCUUAUAAUUAUUUUUCUAAAGCUGCUAAACUUGGUAAUCCAGUUGGUCAAAGUGGUCUUGGUCUUAUGUAUUUAUAUGGAAAAGGUGUAGAACGUGAUACAGCAAAAGCAUUACAAUAUUUUAAUCAAGCAGCUGAACAAGGCUGGGUUGAUGGUCAGCUACAAUUGGGCAAUAUGUAUUUCAGUGGUAUUGGUGUUAAACGUGAUUAUCAAUUGGCAAAUAAAUAUUUUAGUCUUGCAAGUCAAUCUGGUCAUGUAUUGGCAUUUUAUAAUAUGGCACAAAUGCAUGCAUCAGGUACUGGUAUGAUGAGAAGUUGUUCAACUGCUGUUGAAUUAUUAAAAAAUGUUGCUGAACGUGGUAAAUGGAGUAAUCAAUUAAUGAUAGCACAUGCUGAUUAUAAAGAUGGACGUUUUAAUCAAGCAUUUAUACGUUAUGCAUUACUUGCUGAAAUGGGAUAUGAAGUUGCACAAAGUAAUGCUGCUUAUAUUCUUGAUCGUGGUGAAACAACUGUAUUAAAUAUUGAUGAUGGUUUUAUUAUGGCAUUAUCAUUUUGGUCAAGAUCAGCUGCUCAAGGUUAUUCACCAGCACAAGUUAAACUUGGUGAUGCAUAUUAUUAUGGACGUGGUACACAUGUUGAUUAUGAAGCAGCUGCUUCACAUUAUCGUCUUGCAUCAGAUUCACAACAUAACGCACAAGCAAUGUUUAAUCUUGGAUAUAUGCAUGAACGAGGAUUAGGAUUAGCACGUGAUCGUCAUUUAGCUAAACGUUGUUAUGAUUUAGCUGCUGAAGCAAGUCCUGAUGCACGUAUACCAGUAUCAUUGGCACUUUUAAAACUUUUUUUAUUAUUUAGUGUUGAUUAUAUUCAAGAAUUUAGUUUUGCUAAAAAUGAUUAUUUAUUAGGACAAAAUUGGGAUUUAUAUUUAAUUGGACUAUUUACUGGUAUGUUGAGUCUGAUUAUUUACUUUCGCAGACCACAGCCACAACAACAGCAACAACAACAACAACAACAACAACCACUCAAUCAGCCUGAUGCUAAUAAUCCUAAUAUCAAUGUAAACUAAUUUAUUUAGUAACUUUUUCUUUUUUUUUUUUUUCGUUUGAACUUUUGUAAAAAGUGCAAAGUGCGAUUAACAUUUGUGAAUUGUAAAUUAAUUGAGCAAUUGGAAAAACAUUUUUUCAUAUGUUCACA